GUUCCAAUGUAAUAACAGUUUGAGAAAACAUCAAGAAACUAAAGGAACGGAAGGAAAUUGGAACAGAACGAACAUCUAUCUAUACAAAUGGGUAACUCCAAUUCAUCUUCUUCCGAUCCUCACUUCGCUUCUGCCAGCAGAGCAUUUACUCAGAAGGAACUCGAAGAUCUCAAGUCUUUGUUCGUUUCCCUAUCCGCCCAAUCCAACGCUGAUAGCAGCCAAUACGUUUCUCCAUCUGUUUUCAAGGCUUGUUUUGGCAUUGAUGGUCGCCUUGGUGAUAGAUUGUUUGAUUUGGUCUCUCAAAAACGAAACGAUCAGAGACUUACUUUCGAAGACCUAGUAAUUGCUAAAGGGAUAUAUGAGAAAGGAACAAAUGUUGAGAUUGAAGAGUUUAUCUAUCAAUUACUGGAUGUCACAGCAGAUGGCUUUGUUAGCAGGUCAGACGUGGAAGUUGCAUUGUCAGAAAUGCUUGUUCAUAUAUUUUCUCAUGAGCACGGAUCAAAUUUUCAUCAACAUGCUGUCAACAUCUUUCUUGAAAGUGCAAAGUUUUCUGGAAAGGAAGAAAGUUUGGCUGAAAGUAUUAUGUCGUUUGAUGAUUUCAAACUAUGGUGUUCACUUAUUCCGUCAAUCAAAAAGUACCUAGGAAGCUUAUUGAUUCCUUCGGGUUCAGAUUUUCAAGUUCCCGAUCUUGUGAUUCCUGAGAGUAUUGGCAACCAAUCUGUAUUGCUACAAAAAGAAUAUGCUUGGCACAUAGGAGGAGCCUUGAAUCAGCAUGAUUUAGAAGAAUGGAGGCUUUUAUAUCACAGUUCAUUUCAUGGUCUAAGUUUCAAUACAUUCUUUGGGAAUAUAUCAAAUUAUGAAGGGCCAACUCUGUUAAUUGUUAAAGAUAAGGAAGGGUAUAUAUAUGGAGGUUAUGCAUCUCAGGCAUGGGAGAAACAUGCUGAUUUUUAUGGUGAUAUGAAAUCUUUUCUUUUCCAGUUAUACCCAAAAGCAUCAAUUUACCGGCCUACAGGUGCUAACAAAAAUUUACAGUGGUGUGGAGUGAAUUUCAGUUCAGAGGACAUCCCUAAUGGGAUUGGAUUUGGAGGGCGUCCAAACCACUUUGGUUUCUUCAUUUCCGCAAGCUUCGACCAAGGACAUACCUUCGCUUGUACCACGUUUGGUAGUCCUUCCCUUUCGAGGUCCACAAGGAUAAACCCGGAGGUGAUCGAGUGUUGGGCAAUAGUGCCAAAAGGAAACCAUCAAGAGAAGCAAGAGGCCGCAAUCAAGGGCACUGUUCUCGAGAGAUUCAAAGAAGACCGACACAUGCUUAACAUGGUUGGUCUUGCAAAUUCGAGUGAGUGAACUUCUUAUUGUAAAAUUUAUUACUUCACAAGAGUGUAUUGUUUAUGUGUGUUAUAAUGUUGUAUAUGCAUCUUGAUUACUUUUUUCCAAUAAGAGUACAUUCUACUUAAA